UUCACUGUAAUUGAUGGUGCUGGACUGACUGGUUUGGGCUGGGACUGCAGCCUCCUUCCUAAAAUAACUAGGGCAUCAUAUCCCUAUAAAUGGUGACCUGCCUGGGCCAUUCCAGCUCUUCUCUGUCAACGGACUGCAUCUGGUGGAGGACCAUCUAACGACCUGUAAUCAUGCCAGGACUCGUCUCAUCAAUCCAGGAUAUCAUCAAAUGUUUCCAGAAAUAUUCUGAGAAGGAUUGUCACCAGAAUAAGUUGAAUAGUGAGGAACUCAACCUCCUCAUCCAGAGCGAAUUUUCAGAAGUCAUCAAGAAAUCGAAAGAUCCAAACACAAUUUCAAGUUUACUAUCAAUUCUUGAUGAGAAUAAUGAUGGGGAGGUGGACUUCAGUGAGUUCUGUGACCUGUUGUGCAAGGUGUUAAAGGCAUACUACAAGGUUGUGUAUGAAAAGGAAGACACGUGCCAACAGCCAGAUGAACCAAAGAAAAAUGUAGAAACAACCCCUCAAAUUACAUCUCAAACACCUAAUGAGCAACCAAAAAAGAACGUAGAAACAACCUCUCAGACUACAUCUCAAACAUCUGAUGAGCCACCAAAAAAGAAUGUAGAAACAACCUCUCAGACUACAUGUCAAACACCUGAUGAGCCACCAAAAAAGAAUGUAGAAACAACAUCUCAGACUACAUCUCAAAAACCUGAUGAGCGACCAAAAAAGAAUGUAGAACCAACCUCUCAGACUACAUCUCAAACACCUGAUGAGCUACCAAAAAAGAAUGUAGAACCAACCUCUCAGACUACAUCUCAAAAACCUGAUGAGCCACCAAACUACUACCAGAAGCCACUGCGCCCAAAGUGUGAGAAGACCCAGUCAAGCUACCAUGACCAGAAAGGCGCCUGUGCAGCUCAGGGAAUUGGAGGUGAAAAAAAUCAGAUAUGUACACAAACUGACCAAAAAACUGAAGAGAAAGACAGCACAGGAUCUCAAUCCCAAGAUUACAGCCAGGGAAAAGACCAAACAUCUCAACAAGAUCCAAAGGAGUCACAAUGCCAAGGCAAGGAGCAAACAUCUCAUGUAGACACUACAGUAUCCCAAUCCCACAGUGACUCAAGUAAAGACCAAGUGCAAGGUACCACCAGCUCACAAUCUACAAAUAAUAAACAAGACCAAACAUCAAAACCAACCACCACUGGAUCCCAAUCCGAAGGUAAAGAGCAGAUCAUGAUGGCAGAAAACACAACCACAGCAGAUCAACCUGAUCAAGAACCACAGAGUUUCUACCAAAGACCUCUGUACAUACCUCCUCCACAAAGCUUUGGUGUAGAAGUACAAGCCUCAUCCCAGCCACCUUCAUACAGCCAAAGCCAACAGGACCCUACACCUACAUGUCAAGAAACCCCGAAGGAGACCCAUCAGCCUCAGCAAAACAAGUUCUAUCAACACCAGCAAACCUUCUCCUUUGACAAGAAGAAACCUUGAACAGGUGGAUCCACCUGAACCAUAGAGAUGGACCUACCCCACUAAUCACAUAAUACUCCAAGAAUCAGAUAUUUACGAGUUGCAGAGUCGCCAGUUUUCCUUUGAUUUCUUGUGCAUUUACUCAAGUACCAUUGCUAUUUACUUCAAGGCAGGAAAUGAAGGAGAGACAAUAGAUAUCAGCAUUUUAUAUAAUCAUUAUAUGGCACUGCUUAUUACAUUACUGUAUGAUUAUCUGGCAAAUAAGUAAAUAGCAAUAAAAUAUACUGAAAGCCUA